AUAAAUUCGUACAGACAAAGCUGUACAGACAAAGCUCAAAGAUUGCAAAGGGAGGAUAAACGAAAGAAGUAACAGCAUUGAAGAAAUAUAGGUCAAUUGAAAGCGAGACUAGUUUAAUCCUCACUGAAACUUACGCAUUUCACCUGCAAAAGGAAAUAAUUUAAACAGGUAAUGACCAACACGAGGCGGACAAGAGCAGUCAGGAUGCAGCAACCAGUGAUGCAGCAGCCAGGAGCCCCUGGGGGAUGGAUGGUGCAGCCCCAGGUCCCCGUUGGCUGUCCUCCUGGUCUGGAGUACCUUACUCAGGUAGACCAGGUGCUAGUCCAUCAACAGACAGAGCUGCUGGAAGCAUUUACUGGUUUUGAGACCAACAACAAGUACGAGAUCAAGAACAGCAUGGGACAGAGGGUCUACUUCGCCGCAGAAGACACUGAUUGCUGCACGCGGAACAUUUGUGGAAACGGUCGACCAUUUGACAUGAAAAUCAUGGACAAUGUCGGUAAAGAGGUCAUCCAUUUAUCCCGUCCCUUGAGAUGCAGCACUUGCUGGUUUCCAUGUUGUUUACAGAGAGUCACCGUGGAGGCUCCCCCAGGCCAGGUGAUAGGCUAUAUAAAACAAGCCUGGAGUAUUUGCAAGCCCAAGUUUUACAUCCAGAAUGAACAUGGAGACGACAUCCUCAGAAUUGACGGCCCCUGCUUUACUUGCAACAUCUGUGGAGAUGUGCAGUUCCAGGUCCUGUCCAAGGACGGGAGCGCCCAGGUGGGUCAAAUCUCAAAACAGUGGUCAGGAAUCGUCAAGGAAAUGUUCACGGACGCUGACAACUUUGGCGUGUCUUUCCCCAUGGAUCUGGAUGUGAAGAUGAAGGCAGUCAUGUUGGGAGCCGUUUUCCUAAUUGACUUCAUGUUUUUUGAACAAUCUGGAGGUGAUAAAGAGCAGCAAACUGUAGGAAUGCUCUAGUGUCACAGGAUUACAUGUUCUUUGAGAAGUCACAGAAUAAAGAAGAGGCUAAAGUUGGAAUGGCAUAAAUGUUCCUUCUGAUGGUGAAGAAAAUACAAAACACUAGGUGGCUUCAGACGUUCUACUAGAUGGCAGCAGUGUUGCUUACCCUAAGAAUCAUAGGCCUCAUUGUGACCUUUCACCUUAUUUGCUGCUACAAUAAACUCUGUGAAACAUGGGGUAAACCUACUUUUGGUGUUGUCAAUAAAAUGCAGUUUCUUUUGAAAUGCCAAAUACCCUCUAGGUUGCCUUAUUAUUUUAAAUCAAUAACUUAAAACUUUUAUUUUAAAAAUAAAGAUGAUGCCAUAUUCUCAAGUCUGUUUAUUUUUAUAUUGAAAUAUGAAAAUGUUGAACUAAUUUGCAGUCUCUUAGUUUGAUUUGGCACAUAAAGUUUAAUACAAUUAUUAUAUAUUUAAAAAAAAACAUGAAUAUUGCAGUUGCGUGCCAAGUUAAUUAUUUGGGCAUUAUUUGGAUUGAUGAUUUGUAACAAAAGGUAAAAUAUUGUUUAUUAUGCUGGAAAGGAAUAGAUUAAUUAUUAUUAUUACUGAUUUUGAAGUCUUAAUAUGCAUUUUUCUCUAAUAUCUAAUCUAGGAGUUUUCUGUAACAAAUGAUGUAAUAUCAGGUUAUUCAGAUCUUUAUAACUUAGUCUGUUGGUGUCAAGCUAUAAGUUUAAGUUGUCUGUUAUUUUAAUUUACAUAAUUUCUAUAAUAGUAAGAAAAUAUUUGUUACUGUACCAGUUUUUGCACACUGAAAAAUUGGAGAGAAGCGGGGCACAGAAGAAAAAUAUUAAUGUUUUAGUGCAUAAAGGACAGAUAGGAAUAUUGAAAGGCAAUGUAAAAUGAAUAAUCCAUAUCCAGCUUGUGUAUAAUGAAUGUUUUUAUCCUAAUAGCUUUGAAAACUAUAUCAGUGUGUUUGUCUCAUUUGCCUUCCAAUGUAAAUAUCAAGGCUUAUUUUUAAAAUAAUUUUUAUGAAAAAAGGGAGCAGAAAUCUAACACUUUUCUAUUUUGUAUGUGUAACUUUUAAUCAUUGGGACACUUGAAGUUUGGCCCUGCCUUCACGAUUAUUAUAGGCUGCCAUUUUAGCCACAAAAAUCUCAAAAAUUUUAGAAAAGCAUGGUUUGCGACAUAAACAAACUGAAGUGUGGGAAAAAUAUAGAAACUUCUUGUAAAUUAAAACUAACUGAUGCCUUGUAGGCUGAAUGCAGGGAAAGGAGGUAGAUAAUUAAAUUUAAUAAGAAAAAAUUGGAAUCGAGUGUUUUGCGUGUCUUAAAUAGGAAUGCAGUCUGUCCCAGCCAUACAAUGUGGGGUGCGUGACAGCUGUGAAAAAAGUACAAAGUUUGUUUAUUUUUUAGCUUUUCUUGUAAAGAGGGUAAAAAGGAAUGUGUUAAGGUAAGAAUAAGUGCUAUUAUUAGUUCAUAAAGUACAUUAUAUCUUCAACAGAUCGUAUAUAAAAUAGUCAUAAAUUGGUCCAUCUUCAGAAUUUCCAUGCAUCCUACCUACAGAAGUCUCCAUUCCACCCUCGAUCUGUUAGAUCUUUAAGUAGUCCAAUCCAGACUUCACAUAGUUUAUUAUUAUUACCUCCACUAAAAAACGUAUGUUUUUGCCAGUUUUGAUUUGUCUGUCUCUUUCAAUAAUUGUAGUAACAAUAUGGAAGGAAGGAUUUUGAUUGAUUUCUUAGGAAAGGCCAGAAUUAAAAAGAAAGAAAUGUUCAUUAUUGUAUCAUAAUUAAUUAAUCUCCUGCUCAAGUUAUGGAGUUAUUGCCUUAAAACAAUACAGAUUUUUGUGGAAUGAAAUAUUUGUUUCUCAUUAUAAUAUUAAUUAUAUGUAUGUUUGUUAUAUACCCUUCAAACCAGUCAAGUUGCAUGCAUAUAUAUUUUCUUGCAUUAAUUAUCUUUAUAUUUUGUUGAAAUGAAAGUGAAUAAAAUGGAAAUAUAUUUAAACUGAUAAAAUAUAAAACUUAAAAUGAUAACAAAUACAAUUAGUUAUAAGUAUCAGUUCAUCCAGAAUAUUACUUUAAUUUUCUGGUAACUACUCAUACUUACAAUUAGAAAAGUUUUAUAGUUUUUAUUGGAAUAUUUUUUCUCCACAACAUUGCAAAUUCUUAAUAUUUUUUCUAGCCGUUUGAAAACAACAUGUAUCAGAAUUUUUUAAAAAUCAUUUACAGAGGUAUUGUGGCUAAUGUUGUGUUGAUAGCUGCUUUCUUGUCUACAUGUAGUUGAUUUUUUGAGUUGAUGCUCCUGUUUGAUGUUGUAACAAUACUUGAUAUAAUCAUUGGUCUGAAAAAAAAUUGCAAUGCCUUUCUUAAUUGUUUAAAAAUUGUUUUACAUCUUGUACAUAAAAAAUUAUCUAAUGUAAGUUUAGCUGUACUUUGUUAAAUUAGACCUAAUGGAUAAAUAAAUUCAUUGCUACAGA